AUGUCACGAUCGAUGCGCAGUGCUAGAAGUUCAGUCAAGAGGAAGAGUUCGGUGACGUUGUUGGCCGUAGUGCAAUUGCUGUCUGAUGCGCCGUUUAUGGUCAGUUUCUCGGACAUGGAGACCUUGUUAGCGGCUGGUCAGGCGAGUGCGAAAGUGAGCCUUCGGUUGGGGUCAGAGAUUUUAUGUCCGUACAUGAUGGAAUCUUCCUUCCCUGCUGACACCUAUACGGAGAGGAAUAAGGGUCUGAUUGUGAGCUGUAAAGAGGUGGAGGAGGUGUUGUCGGUGGUGGCUCGGGGUGUUCCUCGAAGAAAAGUAACUUGGUGGUGUCGGCGAUUGAGCAAAGGUCAAGUCGUCGCAGGUGACUUCGGGAUUAACAACAGCAGGGGCGAGAAGUUGGUGGCAAUUGUACCUUUCAAGGCACAGCCCAAAAAGUCCGGCUGUCCGGAAUCUGGUUACCGGGUAUGCGGUUGCAAGCUUGUGUUUUACGCGGUGGGGGGCUUGCCCACAAAGGAUAGUCGGCAGGAGGGAGAGCAGGAGUCGCAAAAAAGAGGGCGGAAACGGGGUUUGCCCUCGCCGUCUGGGAUCGUUUCCCUUCUGGACCGGGAAUUCACGCUCGACCACCGGAUCAACGGUACAGGAGGGGACCUGCCCUGCUCGGGUCUUAGUGUUAUUGCCCCAGUGCUGAAUUACGCAAUUCGCUGCAUGAAGAGACCGCCAGAUGUAAGACGUAUGUUACGUCCCGGAAUCGGUUGCAUGCAAUGGCCAGUACGUGAUGCGCAAAUAUGGCCGCUAGAACUGCUCACACAGAUCCCCAAUGGUGAAUUCGAGUCUGACAAUGCAAGAACUAACGAAGCGCUUCUCAUGAGUCACAUACGGGCCACGAAAGGGUAUCAAUCCCUGUCCAGAUGUCCCAAACUUCGCGACCACAUCUCCCUCGCCGGCUGGGACCCGGAGUCGUAUUCCACGGACGCCCUCAAUAUGCACCGUUUUGCUUCGGCUUGUCUCCGUUGGGUCGUGCCCAACUCGUCUCUACAAAUCGCCAUCAUCAGAGCCCUGAACAGCAGCUGGGACUACCCUGAGAAGACACCCGGCCUGCUUGACCGCAUCAUUAACUCUAAAUAA